AUGUGGUUGGAGGAGCUGAGAAGAAGGGAACGCGGGGAGCUGCGCGCGCGGCGCUUCGAGGCCCUCGCCCGGUCGCGCCGCGCCGCUUCGCUCGCGCUCUCCAACCGCAAGGAGAUCGCCACCCCGCACCACGGCGCCGUCAACUCCCUCCAGGUUGAUUUGACAGAGGGGAGGUACCUGCUCUCGGGGGCAUCGGAUGGGUCGGCCGCUGUCUUCGAUCUGAAGAACGCGACGGAAUACGAAGCCGGGUUCAUUGCCAAGCACAGGAGCAUCCUGCUCGUCGACAGGCAGCACGAGCAUGGCCACAAGUUCGUCGUCUCAGCGGCCAUCUGGUACCCCGUGGACACCGGGCUCUUCGUUACAGCGUCCUUUGAUACCUAUGUCAAAGUGUGGGACACCAACUCGACCCAAGUAGUCAUGGAUUUUAAGAUGCCUGGAAAGGUCUACAGCGCCGCGAUGUCUCCGAUCGCGACAACGCAUAUGCUCAUCGCGACAGGAAGUGCGGAUGUUCAGGUCCGUUUGUGUGAUAUUGCUUCUGGAGCCUUUACCCACACGUUGUCCGGUCAUCAUGAUGGUAUCAUGUCUUUGGAGUGGUCUACCUCCAGCGAGUGGAUCUUGAUGAGUGGUGGCUGCGAUGGGGCUAUACGAUUUUGGGACAUAAGACGAGCAGGAUGCUUCCUUGUCCUCGAUCAGUUACGGUCUCAGCAAGGAAGACGGCCUCCUUUUCUUGACAGCGCCAUGGAGAAACAGGAUCAGAAGAACUUAACAUCUUCACCUUCUUCAAAGAGUAACUCAGUUCAUCAGAGGACAGGCAGUCGUAAGAAGCAUUCGAAAGCACUACACAAAAGUCAAACUCUGAUACGUGGACAUACACAACAGAGAGUACAUCCUGGUAUGUCAUCCAGUCAAAAUCGUACAACAGCUCACUAUGGUGCUGUUACAGGGUUAAAAACAACUACAGAUGGGAUGCACCUUCUUAGCUCAGGAUCCGAUUCUCGAUUAAGGAUAUGGGAUAUUGAUUCAGGCUGCAAUACUUUGGUCAAUUUUGAAGCCAUGCGAUUGCAUCCUAGAAAGCCACUACAAUUAGCUGUCACUGAUGAUCCAUCACUUGUAUUUGUUCCAUGCAUGGGUAGCAUCAAGGCAUACAAUAUGUGGUCUGGUACGACAUUUCAAACAUUCCGUGGGCAUUAUGACCAUGUGAAUUGCUGCUACUAUAACUCACAAGACCAAGAACUCUAUACUGGUAGCAAUGAUAGACAAAUUCUUGUGUGGUCUCCUGCAACUCCCGCUUUGACUGAAAUGGAGGAUGAUGACAAGCGGCAAGAGGGCUUUGCAGCUGAUGAAGAUAACUGGAGUGACUGAGAACCUAAUGAGUUGACCAUGUGUAUACUUUUUUUUAUAAAGGAUCAUGUGUAUACUAGAUUCUAACAAUAUUGACACGAGGCAUGCUAAGUGUUAAUAAGUCAGGAUUCUUAUUUAGUGUUACUCUAAAACUUCAGUCACACGUCAAAUUUUGGUGUUGGGUUACUGUACUCUGAGAGGAUGUUGUACAUUAUAGUUUAAGUUCUUAUAGUUCAUCAAAACUUCAGUCACACGUCAUCUCAAAAUGAAAUAAGUAUUCUGUA